CCAAAUAUUGUUAAUUAAUAUAUUCUAAAAAAUUAAUGAUUUAUUUACUUUUUAUAUUACAAUAAUGAGUUAUACAAAUGAUUUUGAUUUAUUUGUUGGAGGAAUUUGUGGAGUAUUCAAAGGUGUUAAGCUUGGAAAAUCUGCAUUUAUUGCUAAAAAUAUACAAAAAUUACAAUCAAUAAGUAAGGAUCAUGAAAUAACAUCCAUGUCAUGGGGUGAUGAUGAAGAAAAAGAAAUAUUAAUUGGUUGUGGAUCAAAACAACACAGGAGUAUUAAAAUUUAUGACACUGAUUGUGCAGCAUUUACAAAUUCUUUUGUUUGUAACACUGGAGCUGGUAAAAUAAAUGGAAUAUCACGUUAUGAAAAUAAUUUAUUAACAUCAGUUGUAUCUGGACAUGUUACAUUGUGGAAAAGUAAAGAAGAAAAUGAAAUACUUAUUGAGGCUGGUAGUAAUAUUGAAAGAAUGCGACAUUCAAUUGACAAUAAAAAUUUAAUAGCAACUGGUGGAAAAGAAAAUACAUUAAAAAUAUACAAUUUAGAGAAUAAAAAAAUAGUAUUUGAAGAAAAAAAUGUUAAAAAUGAUUGGCUUGAAAUGAGAGUACCACAAUGGACAUCUGAUAUUGGUUUUUUUCCACAAACUUCAAUGUUGGCAACUUGCAGUAGAUAUGGAUAUAUACGUUUGUAUGAUCCAUCUGCACAAAGACGACCAGUUAUUAAUCUCGAAAUAAAAGAUCAAGCUUUAACAACACUUGCAAUUGCUCCACAAGAAAGACAAAUUAUUGUUGGAUCUGGAAAAGGAAUUAUGAAUCUCAUUGAUUUACGAAAACCAGGAAAAGUAUUAAAUACUUAUAAAGAUUUUGUUGGUGGUAUUACUGCAAUUCAUUGUACGAAAAAUGAAGUUGUGUCAGUUGGCUUAGACAGAUAUCUUAGAAUUCAUGAUUUGGUUACUAAAAAGCUACAACAAAAAACAUUUUUAACAUCGAAAUUAAAAUGCCUACUAGUUAGACGUAAUUUUAAUUUCAAUGAAAUAAAAGCUGAAGAAGAUGACAAUGAUAAAGAUGGUAAUGAUUCAGGUGAUGAUUCACUUGAUGAAAUGAUGGAUGAAUCUAUUGAUGACAUUGGCCAUGAUCCAAUUGAUGAUUUAGAAAAGGUUUAUUGAUUAUUUUUUUUUUUUUUUUUUUUUUUUUUUUAUAAUAAAUUGUAUAAAUAAAAUUGAAAAUAAUUUAUUUUACUUUUUUUGUAUGAGAAUUUAAUUUUUUUUAAAUAUGAAACGACAAAAAAAAUAAGGUCAUUUUGUUAUUUUAUUUAAUGUAUUUUAUUUUUAGCUUCAAAUAAUUCAUUCAUCAUUGACAAUAUAUUUUUUCAGCUAAAGACUAGUAUAUUUAUCAAAAUAACAAAAUAAUUCAUCAGUGAAUUUUGGUGUACACUUGUGAUUCAGCUUCAUAAAAUAAUAAGUCACUUUUAUAUUUUAAUUAUUAAAAACAGCUACAAGAGAUGCAAAAAAAAAAA